UUCGCGGAUCACGUAUAUGAACUUAUUUUAGUGAAUCAAGCGCCGGUGAAGAAGUCGGUUGUGUUCAUUCACCUUUGUCCGGAACGUUUUAAAAUGUUUCGAAUACUGUGUGUUCUCGCAUGUUUUAAUUUAGUUCUAAGUGACCCUCUAAACACCUACUGCUGUUUGGAAGAAGAUGGUAUUUUGGACGAAACUGAAGCAUUCUGUGUAAAUCCAGUCAAUGAGAGUAAAAAGCCUCUACGAUUCCAAUGUACCAAUACCGAAAGAUUCUUAGAAGCGGAUUUUAACUUUACAGGGGACGAUAGGGAAUUAUUUUUUGGAGUUCAAUCUUUAUUACAAGACCAGGGAAUAUUUUGUACCGCAAAUGAAACUACAAAUAACACGCAAAAAUUGUUAUUGCUUUGUAAAGUAGAGAAAAAGUCGACACAAAUCGUAGUAUGGAGUUAUUGCAUGAUAGUUUCGGCAAUUUUUCUUGCCUUGACCGCUAUAGUAUACUGCGCCUUACCAAUCCUAAGAGAUUUACAAGGCAAAAGCAUUAUUUGUUUCUGCGUGAGUUUAUCGCUGGGACUAAUUUUUUUGGCCAUAAUGAAACUCAUGGAAUAUUCCGAUAUGAAUUUAUGCGCUGCUCGAGGCUUCCUGACCUAUUAUUUUAUGGUAUCAAGUUUCUUCUGGAUGAAUUCCAUCUCGAUACAGAUUCUAUUUCGAAUCAAACGUCCAUCAGUGCCCGACUAUGGCUGGCGAACCUUUUUGUGGUACGCUCUUUACGCGUUUGGCACACCCGCGCUUAUCACAAUAGCUAUGGCCAUUAUCAACUUCCAUCCUGGAACACAUCAAAAGCCAGGCAUCGGUCUCAACAGUUGCUGGUUUGACGAUAAAAGGCAACAAUGGUACUACAUGUAUAGUGUACUAUCAAUACUCAUGGCACUAAAUCUAGGACUAUUUUUCUACUUGUCAGUUUACUUGUGGAGACAAACCUUCCUAUCAACACACGUCAAGGAAUUGCGUUAUAAGUUCCGAAUGACAUUAAAGAUGUUUAUUAUAAUGGGUCUGCCCUGGAUAUUUGAAAUGAUUAGUACUUUCUUCGAACCACAUAUCAUUUGGACACUCUUGGACAUAUUUAACCUCAUCCAAGGCCUCUUAAUAUUCAUCGUCCUAGUCGUGCUACGAAAGCGUGUAUUAAAAGCUCUAUACAAAAGAGGCUGCCUGGAUUGCGUUUCCGGUAUAGUUGAGCGAUACCUGGCGAUCGCAGAAGACGACGAAGAAGUUGUGCAACACACCAUUGACGUGCCUUUAGACGAUAAAAAACAUAAUAAUAUUUGAAGAGAUCUUGCUUGAAAGGCUUUGUCUGUUAAGAUACUAUGACUAGUCCGCGUAUUCACUGAGGCCAGAGGAGAGAUUUAACACAGUUCAACUAAUAUUCUUAAAUGUAUGUUAAUAAGUUUUAGUUAUAGUCGAUAUAAGAGCAGCUAAAUAAUAUGACUUUUACAAUAAAAUUUUAUAAAAUAUUGC